CUUCCGCAUUUUAAUCCAAGAGGAUUCAUAUUUAACCAGUUGAACAUGUGUAUUUGUAUGUUUUUAGGCAUCAGUUACCCACAAAAACGGACAGUUUUAUUUUCGUGCAGUGCCUUGUGGAAUUCUACACAGACGAGAUGAAUGUAAAGAAGGUGGUGAAGACGGUGCUUAGUGUGGAACAAGCAGAGGGAGUGGGUGCUCGGGUCCGUAGGAGCAUCGGUAGGAAAGAACUGAGGAACUUGGACCCUUUCCUGAUGUUGGAUGAGUUCAAAGUGAGCAAGCCUGCAGGUUUUCCAGACCAUCCUCACAGAGGAUUUGAGACGGUCACUUAUGUUUUAGAGGGAAUCACAGCCCACGAGGACUUCUGCGGUCAUUCUGGACGUCUGAAACCUGGAGAUUUACAAUGGAUGACAGCGGGCCAGGGGGUGGUCCAUGCUGAGAUGCCUGUGUCAGAGGAGCCAGUGGUGGGACUGCAGCUGUGGGUAAACCUCCGAAAACAAGAGAAGAUGGUUAAACCAGCAUACCAGGAGCUUAAAAGCUCAGAGAUCCCCAAACCCAGCCAGGGUGGAGUUACAGUCGCUGUGAUUUCUGGAGAAGCCUUGGGAGCUAAGUCGAAGGUCUACACAAGAACACCAACCUUGUACUUGGACUUCAAACUGCAAACUGGGGCCAUACAUGUGCAGCCAGUCCCAUCUGGAUGGACUUCUUUCAUUUAUACCCUCUCUGGAACUAUUCAUGUUGGCCCAGGGGAGGAUCUGCAGCAGGUGGAGCCCCAUCACACCGUGGUUUUUGGAGAUGGUGAUUGUGUCAGGUUUGAAAACAAGGGUUCUGAGAUUUCUCAUUUUGUGCUGAUUGCUGGAGAGCCGAUCAACGAGCCUGUGGUACAACAAGGUCCAUUUGUGAUGACCACUGAAGAGGAGAUCAAACAGACUAUCUUGGACUACCAGAAUGGAAGAAAUGGCUUUGAAAGAGCCAAAAACUGGAGGUCCAAAAUCAGAGAUUCUACCUAAGCAGAGCAACUUUAUCUCAGGUUUCUAUUUUGGUGCAACAAAAAAAUGUUAUUAUGAAUUAGAGCAAAAGGGGUAAACUUGAAUCAGCAAUAUUUAUAAUUAAUUUUCUCAGAUAUUUUACUUAUGCUGUUUGAAGUAAUAGAGCUAUUUGAAAAUAUGCUAAUGUUGACUUAAUUGGGUAAAGAUAACAUAAGGUAUGAUUAAUUUGUCUUUUUAUAUUUGUUGAAAUAAGCUGUUGGGUUCUUGUUUUUAUAUUUUUCGUAUAUUAUGACUUGCUCAAUCCAUCCUUUACUUUUCGAUUUUCACGGCCUUAAGCCUUAAAUCUUCAAAUAAUGUCACAAUUAUCUGUCCUGUUACUGUAGAUAACAUUAUCGACAUACAUUGUUUCCUACUGCUGUGUUCGGAUUCUUUUACAAAAAAAAAAAGGGUUUAGAAUUUUGGUGGGAAAGUUUAUUCAGCUAAAUAACCAAACAAGACUAUGGAGGAGUAAUCUGUUCUCGAA